AUGCGGGAGCUGCAGGGCGAGGCGGCGUGGGAGGAGGAGGGAGGCGGAUCCCCCGCUCCCGAUCCCCGUCUGGAGUUGGUUCCUGCAGCACCGACGAAUAACAAUGGUGAGGGUACUAUAAAUAAGGGGGCAUUUGGUGCUUCUGCUACUGCUAGCCCCCGUAGAAGACCGAAGUGGACAGGCAGGCUGGCUCUACUCGUGAGUCUCAUUCUGACUUUAACUGCUAUAGGGGUUGCACACCGGAAGGCGAAAAGCAGCCUCCAGGUGUCUCCGCAGACACCCCGUAAGGAAAGGCCUCUCGCCCUUUACGCGAAACAGCACCGUCACCGCCGUCAACACCAACAGCGACUGCAGCAGCAUCCGUGGCAGCAGCAGUGGCAGCAGCAGCAGCAGUGGCAGCAGCAGUGGCAGUGGCAGCAGCAGCAGCAGCAAUGGCAGCAGCAGCAGCAUCUGGCAGCCCCAUACCCAACGCGGGUUCCUUUACCAUCUCCAGCAACGGGAGACGAGGGGGAAGUCCCCCUCUUUGGGGUUGCAGAGGAGACGGAGGGGGAGGGCGUCGAGUUUGAGGUUGCAGGGGAGGUAGAGGGGGGCGUAGGGGGAGUAUCUUUAGAGCCUAAAGAAUCAGCAGCAGCAGCAGCAGCAGCAGAAGGAGGAGCAGAAGCAGCAGCAACAGGAGCAGGAGCAGUAGCGGCAGCAACAGCAGCAGCAGCAGAAGCAGCAGAAGCAGAAGGAGGAGAUGAAGAGGAGGAGGAGGAGCUGGUUUGGGAGGUUGAGAUGCCUGGUUAUGUUCCUGUUCCUUCUUCGUGGGGCUGGGUCUUACCUCCUGCAGAUACGCUUGAUGAAGCUCCUUCAGGUGUAUAUGGAAGAGAUAUAUUACUGAGUCUUGCAGAGGCUUGUGUAGACAAUGUGCUUGAAGCGCCGGAGGAGGCCCUGUCGGAUAGAGAGAGAGAGCUGGCUUCAAUAGUUGCAGAGACAUUAACAGGAGGAGAGACAAAAGAUAUUGUGGGUAUGCAGGUAGACCUAGUAAAUAUGCUUCCUCUAGGGAGAGGCCUUCCCGAGGGGGCCUUUACUCAGCCUGUCUUACUUACACGCAUCAUUGGUGUAGGGGUAUCGAGCGUAUUUGUAGAAGCAUAUGACUCUGCUCUGUCUAGGCCCUUUACCUUAAGACUGCAUCUAUGUGCGGCGGGGAAUGAGAAGAAGCUCUCUGUGGAGACAGCAAACAAAUGGGUAGAUAUUGCUCUAGAGACAAGGGCUUUAGUUGUUGCAUGCGGAGAGACCCCUAUAUCAGAUGCUGCAGCAGUAAGGGGCCUUCUAGUAGCCGACCAAGUAGGAGGUAUUGUAUUAACACAGCCCAAUCACCCGGAUGGAUCGAAGAUGCUAUUUCAGCGUGUUGAGGCGUAUAGCAAUCUCCUUUCUCCUUUGCAUUCAGUUGUCUCCUCUAUGAAAGGAGACGCCUCUUAUGAUACUAUGCAGGCGCGCGAAUAUAUCGGAAGCCGCCUUGUUCACCAGGUGCUGUAUCUACAGCAGGCGGGGGUAUCGCAUAAUGCAUUAAGCUGGAGCAACUUGUUUGUAGAUCAUAAUGGUAUAGUCUCCUUAGGGGGUUUCGAGUCUCUUAAUCAAAUGGGGGAGGCCCUUAACCCACGCAUUCCUAUCAACCCUCGCUAUGCUGAGCCGCAGCUACUGCAUGAUUUUCUUGCUUCAUUUAGGAGAGAUGUUCCGGCGCUCUCGCAUGAGAAGGCAGACCUCUGGAGUUUAGGGGCUUUGCUAUUCGAGCUCUUCACAGGAGAGUCAUUUGUGGAUAUAAGAGACAGUAUGGUUCACGGAGAGGGAGCAGAGGAGCUCCUAGAAAGCCGUCUACAUGCUGCUGAUGUUAAUGAAGACUGGGUUGAGUUAGUGCAAGGCCUCCUGCGACACGAUAGAGAUGAAAGGCUCUCAGGCGCAGAGGCCGCACGUUUGUAUAAAAGAAUCUGGGAACGAAAAACCGCAGUAAGAGCCCCACGAUAA